AUGUAUUUUGCCAUUCGGUGCUGCGUUUGCUACUUCGACGGCAAACCUGAAGAUGAAAGGCAAAUAAUCAUGUGCCAGCACUGCAAGGAUCGACGUUCCUGCGUGCACAACCUUGAGCAAGAUCUUGUAUCGUCAAGACCCAGUAGGCAGGACGCCAUCGCCAAGAUCGAGAAGUUCCGCAAAUACGCUAACAACGUGAUGAAGCCGUUUGCCGAGAGACUGGACCUAGUCAAGUGCCACUACAUCUUCGGGAUGCAAGAGAUGGAUAGCUCUGCUGUCGAAGAGGUGAAGCAGCUCCUGUCGGGCGGAGAGCUCGGGAGCUGCUACGACAGCAAGACGGGCACGCUCAACAUGUCUUUGCGGACAGAUGGGAUGAAACGAUAUGUGAUACGAGAUCUGAGGAUGAAGAGCCUGCCUCGAUGGAUCUCCAAGCUCGGCGUUGCUUUCAAAGUCAUCGACGUGUCCGGUAACCCCAGCCUCUCCCACUUUCCCUUGGACGAGCUGUGCAGCAUGGAGUCUAGCCUGCAGGAGGUCAAGUGUGAGAGCUGCGUCAGGCUGCAGCUGCCUCCCCCUGAGAUCGCCAGUCAGGGAGGGGCAGCUGCUUUCACGUACCUGCAGAGCGUCAAGAGAGACAGCGAGGCGAACAAGCGGAUCAACCUGAUCCUCAUAGGCAACGGAGAGGCAGGCAAGACGAGCGUGCUGAGAGCUCUGAGGUCAGACAAGGACAAGGCGGACAAGAUCGAGGUAGACAGGAGGACGAUCGGGAUAGACCUGCACGAGUGGGAGCCUGAGGACGCUGACGGGCUGACGUGUGACGUGAUGGACUUCGGGGGGCAGCAGAUCUACGCCAAGACGAACCAGUACUUCAUCGUGAGGCGGGCCUUGUACCUGCUGGUGUGGAACGUGAGGGGGAAGCGAGACAAGCAGAGCAUGGAGGAGCUGAAGAUGAUGAUCGCUACAUGGCUGCGAGCUACGCAAGCGCGAGUGCCGGGAUCGAGCGUGUUGCUCGUAGCAACGCACAUCGAUCUUGUCGGGGAGAGCGAGGUGACGGAUCAGUGUGAGGAGGUGAAGGCAUGUGUGGAAGAGGAGCUGAAGAAGAUGGCAGAGGAUGAAGAUUUGCAUAUCCUGCCGUUGCACGUCAUCAACGGAGGCGAGAGCUUCCGGGUGAACUGUCUUGAGGGACAGGGGGUGAAGGAGCUGCGGCGAUCUGUGUGCAAGACUGCAAAAGAGCUGCUGUGGUGGGAGGAAAGAAUCCCUAGACCUUAUCUGAGACUGAGAGAGGCUGUGGAGAAGCGAAAGUCAGGGUCUGUCUCGUACGUCAAGGUAGAGGAGUACAAGGAGAUGUUGAGAGAGUCAGGGGUCAGCGAGAAAGAGCACAAGGUGGCGACGAGCUUCUUGCACGACAUGGGCGUGCUCAAGUACUUCGGUCAUGAGCUGAGCGCCGAUCAAAGCAAGAGAGACCUAGGCAAGUACUCCGUCGAGGACACGGUCUUCAUCGAUCCCGUGUGGAUGAUCGACGUGUUCAAGGGCGUGAUGCGACAUGACUGGGAGCACCUGCUCGACUUCUUCCAGCAGGACCCGACCAAGUCCAAGAAGACGAAGAAGCUGCUACACCUGGGUAUCAUAGACGAGGACAUGUUGGAGUACUUGUGGCCCCAGCAAGACAGCGACUUCUGGCGCAAUGCGAAGACAGACAAGACAUCAAGAUCAGAAGAGGUAGGCUUCAUCAAGAGCCAUGUGGAGGUGCAGGAGGCGGUGGCUCUGCUGCGAGGCUGCGAUCUGGCGCACUUCCUGGGCGAGGGGAUGAAGGACUUGAAGGAUACAGACAACAAGAGCAGAGAGCUGCUGUGUCCCGGCAUCAUCCCGUCGUUCACGCAUGAGCACAAGCGAGCAGUGACGGACAAGGACAAGCAGUCGCUGUGCGCAUCUGUCGAGUGCGAGUACAACAUUUUCCCCGCAGGCUUCAUCGACAGGCUGGUCGUGCUGUGCGCUGCUCGACACUUUGAGGUAGACUGCAGCGGCUCUAUGGCGGUGAUGAAGGGCUGGGGCCGGACGCUGCUGGUGAGCUGGCGGGAAGACAAUGACAAGCACGUGCUGAGAGCUGAUGCGUCGACGAGGCAGCAGAUCGAGAACUUGCAAGAGGACUUGAAGCAACUGGAGGCGUUCUUCCCGGGGAUGAAGCGAAGGAGAAGCGACAAGGAGAGCUCAGGCAAAGAGGCCGUGCAAAUAGGGAUCUUCACGCAAGGAGAGAGGUCAAGAGCAUGUGGGCUGGAUAUUGAAAGAAAGGUGAAGAAGCUUUACAAGGCGGAGAACCUCCCUCUAGGUCUUACUUGCCAGACACAUCCAUGUGACGAACGUGGAGGUGCUGGUGAUGAAUGUCUCGUGAACAUCUUGUGUAUAUCGACAGAGUGUGUUGAUGAGCAGGGACCCAUUCAAGGAGAAAGUAGCUUCAGCAAGUUAUGGAACAGAUUGACAGCGAGCGAAGCAAUUAUCAUCCCCGUCGUAUUGACAGACUACUACGACAAGCAGAUCAAGCUGACGAACAGGUUCAACGAGUGGUGGCCGCAGGAGAUACAAGGGAUGGAGCGAUACCGGAUCUUCCAUCAGUACAAGGAGAAUGAUCAAGGCUCGAUGCGAACGUUGUAUGACGGCAUCAUCAAGAAGCUGCAUCAGGGACGAGGAAGCUUCGAAGACUUGUACGAGGUCACCAGUCAGAACGAGCUUCUGUGCCAAGCUUGUUUGCAUGAUAGGUCUGAGUCUCAACCUGCCUCCCAAGGCGAUCGAGCCGUGGGCAGGUUUGAUCGGUCGGAGAUCAAGGCAGCGCUAGAUAAAGAAAGGAAGGGUAUGACAGACAUGCAGCAAGAGCUGGAGCAGGAAGAUGUCAUCAAACACAAGAUCAUGAUCAAAGCAAUCACUUGCACAAGGGGUCAUACGACAACCGUGGAGGAGGUGCUGGCGUUCAAUGGCUCGAGCUCCCCGUGUCCGUCUUGCUUGAAGGACAAGAGAGUCCCGCACUUCUUCAGCCGACCCAAGUGCUUGAGCAUGCUCGCUCGCGACCUGACGGCUAAGAUUUACUGCGACGGAUGUCAGAGGGAGAUGGACGUGCUGGACGUCACGCCGCCGCAGGUGUUCUUGAGCUACCAGUGGGGGCACGACAACUCGACGCAGAAGAUGGUGAGGGAGGUGAAGCGGCGGAUCGAGGAGCAGACAAGCCUGCAGUGCUGGUUCGACGUGGAGGGAGGGAUCAACCCCGGGGAAGAUCACAUGCAGAAGAUGGAGCUCGGGGUGUCUCGCUGCGAGGUGUUUGUAGUCUUUAUGAGCGACAAGUACGUCAAGAGCGGCAACUGCAGGAGAGAGUUUGCUCGGGCGUGUGAGGCAGGGAAGUACAUCAUACCUGUGCUGGUGCCGGUGCUGUAUGAAGCAAGUCGAGACUCAAAGGACUUGGAGUCAGAGUCAGGCUGGAAGGGCGACAAGGGGGGUGAAGACUGGUGGAAGAGAAUUGCGGAGCUAGAGAAGGAGACAAGUGAAGCUGCCAACAAGGUCAAGGUCGACUGGACGUAUCUCGCGUCAUUCUCAAAGCCCUUGGAGGUUCAAGCAAAGAGGGAGCAGCAAGAGCAACAGCAGCAAGAGAAGGACCGUGGUGGUUUGCAUGUGUCAGGGCUGGAGGCGCUGGUGGCAGCAGUGCAGGCGAGGGUUUACCGGGGAGGCGUCGUAUUUCAUGAGGUAGCGGUUGACAUGGCCUUGACAUGCGUGGAGCCAGUGGAGCACCCGUUUCUCAGGUCGUUACAUCUGCAAAAGGACCUGCUCAACAGCAUUCUUGACCGUAUCAGCCUGCUGCAGUCAAAGAUACGUUCAGGCAUUGACAACCCUGAUGAUCUAGCUUGA